AUGAAGCUAAUCUUUCCUAUAAUUAUUCUGAGUGCUUUCAUCAACCUUGCACAUUGUUCCGGGUUCACCGGUCCUUUUGAGGCUAUCUUUUUCUACUACGCCUACCAAAUCGAUUCCGCUGCCGCUGCCAGAGCGGCCGCAGACGGCGUGCCAUAUGAGGCUACCAUUGGGGGUGGUUGCAUCAAUAAAGACUGCACCCUGCUGGAGUUUAUUGAAAAGAUCAUGGACCCUGAUCUGCUGAAAAAGCUCACGCCCACAACUCGGGGGGCGACUACCAGCCCCAACGUUUAUGACACAGCUCUAGAUAUCGACCGAGCCUGGAAUUACGACGGCUCUCUCCUGCAAAAAGACGUGAUAAUCAAGAACGGGCAAGGCAACAUGGGACAGCUAAUCACCGCGGUCGUUAACAAAAUACAAACUGCUCGAGCGGUUGUACCAUCCGCGGACUUGGUGGCCAAAGCAACGGUGGCCCUGAAUUGGGCGCAGGCUGUUCGGCUCACUGAGCUGGUCAUCCAAGGGGAGGCAGAACUGACCGGCUACAAAGCGAAGGCCUUCGCCAAGAAGUACCCGUCCAUUACCCUGGAGAGCACCCAACGAAUAUUGGACGAGGAUAGAACCGUGUCGCCAUCACUACACAUUGUUUACACGGAUUUGGACUAUGCCAGCAUGGCAUUGCAGACAGCAACCGGAGACUUGGCGGGAGUUGGUGACACGUACAGGGAAUUUUUGAGCUGGGCGCAGGCCGUGCCUGGGAACAGUCGAUAUCGAUCACAUCAAGCACUUGCGGACCUGUAUAAGCGGUCGGUGGCAUCGCUCGAAGCAGGCUGUUCAUGA